UAGACAUUAAAUACAUUCGCACAUGGCCGUACAGGCUCACUCCGACUGAAGUCCAGAGGUGAAGACAAAGCCUGAAGACCUGCCCCCAAGAGGCUCUUAGCUAAUCAACAAUCCCAGCGGUGCUCGCACGCUUUUGCAAAGUUCUUGUUACUUUGGUGCAACUUUGUAGCCUUACGUGUUGUUCUCAGUGUAAAAUAACGGAUCAGUGUGUAACUGUAGUCUGAAUCAAUUGCUUCGACGGGAAAACUACAACGAUGUCGACCACACAAAGCAAAAGCUGCCCCAUUCCUACCCGUGUCUUGCAACUGAAGGAUUGGUCCCAGUUGCCCGAUUGCUACAGCCAGACGCCCGGAGGGACCCUCUUCUCCACCACCCCUGGAGGUACACGCAUCAUAUAUGACAGGAAGUUCUUGCUCGACUGCAGAAACUCUCCAAUUGCUCGCACCCCGCCAUGCUGCCUGCCUCAAAUUCCAGGAGUAACCAUGCCCUCCCUGCACCCUCUCUCCAAACUCCAGGAUCUCAAAGAAGAGUUGGAGGAGGAGAAGGAUCUGGCAGAAGAUGACAGCCAGUUUGAGAUGGAUAUGUGAGCUCCCUUUCUGGCCUCCUAUGGUGGGCGUCUUUUGGUGUGAUGCCUUUUGGGAUCCCUUUGGAUCAGCAGGCAUUUUUAUGCAGAAAGGGAUACAUAACCCUGUGUGUGCGAGCACCUCUUUUUCUGCCGCUGAUUGUUGGCGUUGACUGAGAAGAAUAUGAUGGCUACAGGCAUGUUAAAAUGCUGCAGCAGUGAGCAACUGGUGAAAGCGGCUGUCAUAUGUUUUUUUAAUGUACAUACUUUGUAUAUUUCUUUUCCAAGAUGAACAAUGUAAAAUAAUACAUUAAAAUGAUAGGGUGUUGUUUUUGAGGGUUUAAGGGGGUAGGUUAGGGGGUUUAUAAACCAACAGCAUUGCUGUUAAUUUUUACGCAAGGUUGUCCAUCUGAAUUUUUUUUUUGAUGCAUCACACAUGGUGAAUGUUCAACAGGAGGAAAAACUCUCCACUUUUGUUUGCGUUUUUGGAUACUUGUCCCAUGCGGAUGUGAAAAAAGACAUUCAAAAGCUUUGAAUAAAAAAUGUAACAAUUGUAUUGUA